AUGGCGCUCCUUUCCAAGCCGUCCAGCAAUGACGGUGACCAUCCAGGCAGCCAGCUGCCACUUGGCUCCCCCGUCUCACUCAGCCAGUUCUUUGCUGCUGCCAGGUACGUGAUCCAGACCACCGCUCCGCUCAGCCCCAUUGUGCACCCAGUAGCGCUGACCUCCCUCUUUCUCUGCAGCGGUGACCCUGCGCAGGCUUCUGCAGACGCAGACGCAGAUGCAGACAGUGAUUUUGACGCUGACACUGCCAUUGAUCCUACCGCAGCUGCGCAGCUGGAGCGCUUCUGCCUGCGCCUUGUGGACCACCCACGUCUGCUGGUCUGCACCCGCAAGCAGUGUCUGCUCAAGCUGCCGCUGAUGCCCACAUUCAAGGAGGUCAGCACGCACCUCAAGAUGCAGCAUCACCAUGCGCUGGUGGCCAGCAGCAAGCAGGUGCUUGUGGACGUGCUGGAGACGCUGGACCUGGACCAUCCUGCCUCUGUCCGCAUCAACAGCAGCCUUCUGCCCGUGCCCAUCAUCAAGGAGCUGGACGUCACCUAUCAGGGCUACCGUUGCAGCCUCUGCCCGUACACCAUCAAGUCCAAGUCUGCCAUGCACACCCACAUGCACACGCACAGAGAUGAGGAGGUCAAGGCCACGUACAUCCACCCGGUCCCCAUGCAGGUCAUCUAUGAAGGUGGCCAGAACCGGCGCUACUUGCACGUCAUCAACAAGGAGCUGGAUCCCACGCCUCCCACGGCCAUCCUUCCUGCUGCCGCUAUUGCUGACGUGGACCGUGCUGUCCAAGUCAAGGUGUGGGAGAUGCUGCGUCAGAAUGCGCAAAACAUGCAAGACGCCAAGGUGGACAAGCCUGGCGUCCUUCCCCUGACGUUCACAGGCAACCUGGGUCUGUGGGCCAAACAGCUCAACUGGCACGCCUACUGGGCAGGCAAGCAAGUGGCUGCGGUGGGUAGGCUGGGUCCCAACCCGCAGCAUUGGCCAGGCGCGCACCGUGACUUGGUCAGCUGGGUGCUGGCCAUGGCCAAAGGCGUGACGCUGUCCUGGAUGACCAGCUUGACCAGCGCAGGCCGUCAGGUCCAGCAAAUGUUCCACGCCCACAGUGCCGAGGUCAGUCAGCCGUACAGCCUCAAUGACUCCACCAUCAAGAAGCGUGCAGACACGUGGGCAUUCAUGCUUGCGCUGCUUGUGCAUCUCUUCCUUGACGGUGAUGUGGGCAGCUACGCUGGUCAGCAAAGCAUGGAGGACCACCUCUGCCUGGAUGAGAGCGUG